AUGAACGUCCAGGUGAUGUCUGAGCGCAAGCUGGCUUCGGUGGCCCCUCUAAUGCCAUUUGGAGAUGUAGAGAAGAAAGAGGUGGAAAAGAAAGAUGUGGAGCUCAUCCUGGUCAAAGAGCACAAUGGCUUGCAGUAUACCAGCUCCCGUACUCACACCUGUACCGAGCUGCCAGAGCGCGAGACCUGGGGCAAGAAACUGGACUUUCUGCUUUCUGUCAUCGGCUUUGCUGUAGACCUGGCUAAUGUGUGGAGGUUUCCCUUUCUGUGCUACAAAAACGGCGGAGGGGCCUUUCUGAUCCCAUACGUCAUGUUCCUGUUCAUAGCAGGAAUGCCUCUCUUUUACAUGGAACUGGCAUUGGGCCAGAUUAACAGAGAAGGGGCAGCCACAGUGUGGAAGAUCUGCCCUGUGUUCAAAGGCGUUGGCUACACCGUGAUUGUCAUCGCUUUAUAUGUGGGCUUUUACUACAACGUCAUUAUUGCAUGGUCUCUAUACUACCUGUUCUCCUCAUUUACAACAAAGCUGCCCUGGCAAAACUGCAACAACACAUGGAACAGUGUCCAGUGCAAAGACCCCAAGCUCAUCAGCGGCUCCUCCGUUCUGGGCAACAUAACUUCCUAUGCUAAGUACAAGAUAACUCCUGCUGCAGAGUUUUAUGAACGGGAGGUGUUACACAUCCAUGAGAGUAAAGGAAUCCAUGACCUACAAGAACCUCGCUGGCAGCUGGCUCUGUGCCUCAUAGGAGUCAUGUUCAUUCUUUACUUCAGUCUAUGGAAGGGUGUGAAGUCCUCUGGAAAGGUUGUGUAUAUCACUGCUACCAUGCCAUACAUCGUACUAUUGGUGCUGCUAAUUCGAGGCGUCACAUUACCUGGUGCAAUGGACGGAAUUCGUGCAUACUUGGACGUUGACCUCAAUAAGCUCAAGAAACCCCACGUUUGGAUUGAAGCUGCCACACAGAUUUUCUACUCUCUGGGGGCAGGAUUCGGGGUGCUUAUCGCAUUUGCCAGCUACAACAAAUUUGACAAUAACUGCUACAGGGAUGCCAUGCUGACCAGCACAAUAAACUGCAUUACCAGUUUCUUCUCAGGGUUUGCCAUCUUCUCAGUGCUGGGCUACAUGGCUCAUAAACAUAAUGUAAGCGUUAGUGAAGUGGCCACUGAAGGAGCUGGACUUGUGUUCAUCAUUUACCCAGAAGCGAUCUCCACUCUCCCUGGCUCCACUUUCUUUUCCAUAUUUUUUUUCAUUAUGUUACUAACUCUUGGCAUUGACAGUUCUAUGGGUGGCAUGGAAGCAGUCAUAACUGGACUCACAGAUGACUUCAAAAUCCUUAAAAGGAACAGGAAGUUGUUUACUUUUGCAACUGCUUUUGGGACUUUCCUGGUUGCCUUAUUGUGUGUUACUAAGGGAGGGAUCUAUGUCUUUACUCUGUUGGACACCUACGCUGCAGGAACAUCCAUUCUAUUUGGAGUUCUAGUAGAGGCUAUAGGAGUUUCAUGGUUCUACGGGGUGGACAGAUUCAGUGAGGACAUUGAACGGAUGAUGGGCUUUAAGCCAGGACUCUACUGGAGGCUCUGCUGGAAGUUUGUCAGUCCUGUUUUUCUACUGGUUGUGGUAAUAGCUAGCAUCGUUACUGCCAAUGAUCUCAAAUAUGAGGACUACAUCUUCCCUAGCUGGGCUCUCUGGGUGGGAUGGAGUAUCUCAAUGUCCUCUAUGAUAUUUGUACCCCUCUAUGCCGUCUACAAGUUCCUCAGCUUGCCCGGCACCUUCAAGCAGAGAAUAGCAUACUGUAUUACACCUGAGAAUGAAUAUCACCUGGUCACAGAAGGAAAUGUCAGGCAGUUUAAGUUUAAACACUGGAAGGCUAUCUGAUGUGGCCACAGCAGAGAAGUGCCAUUAACAACUCUGGG